AUGGUGGACCCCAAUAUGGACCCCAGCCCCGAAGAGCUCGAGACUCUCAAGCAGGCCAUGGGGGGCGGCGACAAGAAGAAGACGGAAAAGACAGCGCGUCAAAAGCCCGGCCACACCCCCGACUGGUUGCGCCUUAAGCUCAGGGAAUACCUGACGGUGAUACCUCUCCGCGAGGAAGGCGUUAGGGCCUGUCUGGAAUUCGCCUUUGCCGUUCAUCCUUCCAGCACCGUCAAGCUGUCCGAGGCCGCUGUACCACAGAAGAGAGGAGCCAACAUCACUCACGAGGCCCUUGUGUUGGCCAGUAAUCUGUUGUCGGUACCGCCUUCUACCGUAACUCCGGAUGAGUGGUACUCGGGUAUCGCACCGCAGUUGUUUGCGCUGCUUGAUGGCGGAGAGGGCCCCGAGCUCAAGAAGGUUGUUGCCUAUGUUAUUGGAUUCGGAAUUCUGGGCCGCAAGGCCUCUGGUGCUCCAGGCACCGCCGGCUGGAAAUACCUUGCGGAGCCCCUGCUACACCACAUCAAGCCACCUCCAGGCGGAUUACCCAAGACAGAGACUGGCGAUGGUGACGACGAAAUCAUUGACCUAAGUAAGGACAAGGUCCUGGUUAAGCAGAAGGACCUAGUAACGGCACUGCAGAGGAUACACACACUGCUAGUUUCACACCCGAACCCUGGCCUGUGCAAGCGGCUGCUCUCUCCUUUACUGCUGCCGCUGUGGGCGCUUACCACCUGGCCAAACUCAGAAAAGCCGUUGAGCGAAAAGAUCACGGAACCUGCUUCGGCACUUCUCAGGAUCUUUCUCAAGCUUUCGCCUUCUGCUCUUGUUCUGUUAGCGCUAGUCCACAAUUUGGGCUACGUUGGUGGCUUUGACAAGAAGCCCGAAUGGGUGUACAAGCAGACGGAACAAGGAGAGAUCGAAAUCGUUGAUACCAACCGCCCUCUGCAUAAGGCAGGCGAACAAUACAUCGGCCUCUCACUUACAGAAAUCGACCAAAAGAUUCCCAAACUGCUGGAGUUGGUCGACUCGACCUUUUCCGAAGCCGAUGUCUCCUCAGUAUUCCUCGAUCUCUUCGGGCGCUGGCUCAAGUCAACCCGAGGCCAGAAAAAGAGCGGAAUUCAAAUCAUCAAAGAGGAAGAGGAGGAGAAAGACCCAAUAGCUCAGUUCACCGAAGUCAAGCUCCUCCUAGCCAUGAUGGAAAAGUUCCCUGAGAAACUCGCCGGACAACCCAAACACAUCCUCGAGCUAGUCAGCCAGGUGCUCUCCGAAGCCACCAAAGAAACCACCUCCGAAGAAGCUGGAGAGGACGAAGUAAUCAGAGUAGCCCUCAGUCUGCUCAACAUGGUCGUCACCGUCCCCGGUUUCCAAAAGAAGCGCGUCGACCCUGACGUUCUUCGUACCAUUGAAUCCUCCCUCGAAGCCCUCUCCAAGACCGGCGAUAACGACAACGCCAAAACAGCUUCCAACCUGACGCUCCUCCUUCGCUACCGCGACGAAAUUGACGCUCUCGAAGCCGAAGCCGGCGAAUCCACCACCACACCCGGUGGUCCCGAAGACCGCCAAGUCGAAGACCGCAAAACCUACUCCCUCGCAAUCUCCUACAUCACCACGCCCGACUCCCCGCCCCCCGUCCGGUCGGAAGGUCUCAGCCUCAUCUCCGGCCUCAUAACCUCGCACUCUCCCAUCCUCGACAUCCCCGGCAUCUUAGUCCUCCUCUCCACUUUGAUUACCGAACCCAACUCUUCCGAAGAAGAUUACAUCCACCUCCGCUGCAUCAAGCUCUACACCCAACUCUCUUCUCAGCACCCCCGCGCGGUGCUUACAGACUUAAUAGACCGCUACCUCGACCCAUCCGAACGCGCGCUAUCAACAAUCGACGCCCGUCUCCGUUUCGGCGAAGCCCUAAUGCAAGUCAUCGACCGCCUCGGCGAGACCUUCACGGGCGACUUGUCGAAAAUGACCUGCGAAGCUUUGAUUAGUCUCGCCUCGCGCAGGGGUCACAGACCCAAGACUAUGGCUCGCCAAGCGCGCGAAGCCAAAGCCCGCGAGCAGAAACAUAAAGAAGCGGAAGACGCGUGGGACGGUAGCGUGCCGGAUAUUUCUGACCCUAUUAGUCCCGAGGAGCAAGCGAGGUUGGAUAUCCUUGAGGCUAUUGUUGAUGGCUGGUCCGCUGGCACUUCCAAAACAGGCGAAGAGGAUGUGCGGGUUCGCGCCUCGGCUUUAUCCAUUCUGGCGAACUGCAUUGAAACGAACAUUGUUGGUGUGGGCGCGGUGUUGGCCAUGGCGAGCGUGGAUUUGUGUGUCAAUGUUGUGCAGGUUGAGAGGCAGAUCGAGAAGGGGAUUCUGAGGAGGGCGGCGGUGAGGUUGAUUAUGAGCUUUAUUAAGGCGCUGGAUGAGGCGAAGACGGAAGGAAAGGUGCUGGGGAUUGCGUUUGGGAGUGAGACGCAGGAGCAGAUGAGGACCAUUUUGGGGUAUGUGGAGCAGACGGAUGAGGAUGGGCUGGUGAGGGAGUAUUGUCGGGAUGUGUUGGAGAGCUUGGAGAAUUGGAAGAUGGGGAGUUUGGUGGAUGACGUUAGCUUGAGGCAGGCGAGAGGAGGUGGGUUUGGUGGUGGGGGUGGGUUGACGAAGUUGGCUGGGUUGGUUGUUGAUCCGGAGAGGUCGACUUCUCGUGGUGGUGGUAGCGGUGGUGAGAGCGGUGGAAGUAGUGGUGGUGUUGAGAUGUUUGGUGGUAGACCUAGGAUUGAGGAGAUUGAGUAG